AUGGCUUGUGUUAGGAAGAAUGAGCUUGUCUUCGUUUACCUGUUCUUCUUGAUGUUGGUCGCCGGGUCUCUUUUGCGACCUGUUCAAGGAGGAUUGAGGGCAGAAGGACUGGUUGAUGGCUCCGCAGAAGUGAUCAGUCACUCUCAGGGUCUGGUUGCUCGGCUGGAGGGUCUCCUCUUGCUGGGGAAUAACAGUGACAUUUCCCUGCGUGUGGAGACAGUGGAUGCGGAUGAGGUGAAGGUGAUCCAAGCCCACACGCUGGUGCUUUCAAUGCAGAGCCGAGUGUUUGAGGAGAUGCUGAGAAAGCGCAACAGCAGCACACUUGUGUUGCAGGAAACGGCUGAAUGCACUGCUGUGUUUGACAAGUUCAUCAGAUAUCUCUACUGCGGUGAGCUCUCCUUACAGUUAGACCAGGCCACGCCACUGCACAGUCUGGCCACCAAAUACGCCAUCUCUGGCCUCCAGGAAGGACUGACCCAGUACAUGAGCCAAAACCUGGCCAGUGACUCUCCCACCGGACACGUGGUGGGCUGGUAUGAGUACGCCACAAAAGUGGGCGACAUGAUACUGAAAGACAACUGCCUUCAAUUUCUGUCCUGGAAUCUGUCGUCAGUUCUUCAGAGUCCAGAAUGGCCAUCGGUUAGCAUCGAAUUGCUAAUGACGCUCCUACAGCGGUCCGAUUUAGUCUUGAAACACGAACUGGAAUUGUUUGAGGCGCUCGAAACGUGGCUCACUCAAAACAACCCAGACAGCCUGACAGCAGAAAACGCCCUUCGUCUAGUGCGCUACGCCAUGAUUCCUCCACGUGAGCUUUUUCGCUUGCAACGCCAGUCACCAAUCAUGACGCGCUACCACGAAUCUGUCCGUGACCUCCUCUACAUAUCCUACCAAUUCCAUUCAGCUUCUCCACUUCAACUGGCAAAGUUUUUCGACAUGAAUUGCAGCCUCUUUGUGCCCCGCAAUUACCUCUCAUCCAUGUGGGGCUCUCAGUGGAUCAUAAACAACCCGGCACGGGAUGACCGCAGCACUAGUUUCCAAACUCAACUGGGUCCCAGUGGGUUUGACUCUAGUAAGCGGGUCACAUGGAAUGCCCUGUUUUCGCCCCGUUGGCUCCCCCUUAGCAUGCGGCCCAUGUAUACUGAACAGGGGGCAAUGCAGCCACCGCGGCCAGAUGGAGGAAGUGGCAUCGCCCGGCCAAGAAUCAUCAUCACUCCUGCGACUUCCAGCGCUGACUUUGCAGGUGUGAAUUUCCAGAAGACUGUGCUCGUCUUGACAAGGCAGAAGGGCAAGCUUGUGGUGCGGCAUAUCCUCGGUUUCCACCAAAGCACAGAGGAGGUCGGGGACUUUCUGGCUGACGCUGACCUGCAGUUUCGCACAUCCGAGUAUGUGGUGGAUGGAUCGCUUUACUUGCACAUCAUCGUGAAGCCAAUCUACCAGACUCUCAUAACCACCAAGAAAUAAUGUAACAUCAGUGCUGUAGUAGGCCCCGAUAUUAUUACAGCGAAGCUAGGAAUAAAAAAAGUUUGAAAUGUCUGAGUAGUAAAUAUGCUGUUGGGA